AUGGCUCAUGCUGGCCAAUUCACAAGGGGAGACAUCAAACACCCUACCAUCAUCUUAGAAGCCGUUGCGUCGUAUGAUCGUUGGAUCCGGCAUGCCUUUUUUGGAGUGGCCGGGUCCAACAACGACCUCAAUGUACUGAACCAGUCGCCGUUGUUCACUGAUGUGCUUAGGGGAGAAGCACCCGUAGUGAACUUCACGGUGAAUGGACACGAGUACAACUAUGGUUACUACCUUGCCGACGGCAUCUACCCCUCCUGGCCGGUGUUCAUGAAAGGUGUUACUCUUCCACAAAAUGAAAAGCAGCGAGUGUUCACUGCUGCUCAAUCAGCGCAUCGCAAAGAUGUCGAGUGUGCCUUUGGAGUGUUGAAGUCUAGGUUCAACAUUCUAGCAGUUCCGGGACGCUCCUACUCCAGGCGUACUCUUGGAUUGAUCAUGCGUGCAUGUGUCAUUCUGCACAACAUGAUCAUUGACGAUGAGCGUGGACAAAAUUUGGACAACAUCUAUGAGACAGUUGAUUCAAAUGUCGGCCCUGCAAUCCACCACCAUGCACCACCAAGCCUAGCAGCCAGGAUUCAGAUGGACACCGAAAUGAGGGACUCACCGAUGUAUACACAGCUCCAGCAUGAUUUGAUGGAGCAUGUGUGGGCUAAUUCCUAG